UUGUUGCUUCAGAUUUCCUUCAAAUUUUAAUUCCACUUUAUCAGGAGGCACAGGCCAGAACAUGAAUGAGGCAAUUGGAGCUGCAGUCUGCACUAGUGAAUCGACUCAACUGUGUGUCCCUGCUACAAACACUGAUCAGCAGGAUUUGCAAACCUCAAGUCCUGGUACAACAAACACAGACACCAAAAGGGAAGACAAAGGAUUGCAAGAGAAUGAAAUUCUCACCUCCUAUGUCGUACUGUUUGACUAUGUGGCGCAGAACCAUGAAGAGUUAACCGUAAGAAAAGGAGAGUUUGUGGAAAUCCUUAGCAAGGAAAGGGAUUGGUGGCUUGUUCAGAAAGUUCGGAAAAAUUCUGAAUCCUCCAAGCAUAAUCAAUCCUGCUCUGGGUUUGUUCCUGUUGAGAUACUCGCAAAAGUUAAGAGCUUGGAGGGAGAACCUUGGUACUGUGGGAAAAUGACCCGAUUUGAGGCAGAAAACCAUCUUUCUUCCAGUGACAACGUUGGCUUGUUUCUUGUCCGCAGAAGUGAAUCAUUGCAGGAUUCAUAUGUAUUAUCAGCUCGAACUGAAGAAUCUGUUGUUCAUUUUAUAAUUUUUCAAAACGGAAACGGCAGAUUUCACAUCAAAGAAGAUCUUGGCUUUACCACUAUUCAUGAAUUAGUUGAACAUUAUAAAAAUAAUGAAGUGCAUUGUGGAAUUAAAUUAAAAAGGCCAAGUGAAAAGAGAAAGCCAGCUUUUCACCACUUAUCAUAUAAGACUGUGGACAAAUGGGAAAGACCAAAAGAAGAAUUCACUUUAGUGAAACGCAUAGGAUCUGGUAAUUAUGGAGAGGUAUGGAAAGCCAUCUGGAACAAUAAUGUACCUGUUGCCAUUAAAAUGUUAAAAGCAGAUAAUACAGAUUCCAGCAAUUUUCUGAAAGAAGCACAAAUUAUGAAGAGCUUCAAGCACCAGAAUCUGAUCACACUGUAUGCGGUAUGCACCAGAACACAACCAUUUUUCAUUGUCAUUGAAAUGAUGAAACAUGGAGAUCUCCUGAAUUAUUUAAGGAAAUCUGAAGGUUGCUUUACAACUGUACAAUUAAUAAACAUGGCAGUUCAGAUUGCUGCUGGAAUGUCAUACCUUGAAUCCAAUUGUUAUGUUCAUCUGGAUUUAGCAGCAAGAAACGUUCUUGUGGGCGACAACAUUAUUUGUAAAAUUUCAGACUUUGGGCUUACUAAAUUGUUAAAGGGUACCUCUGCUACUGAAAUACCCGAUGGUCAAUUUCCAAUUAAGUGGACUGCUCCAGAGGUUACAUCUAAAAAUCAGAUUUCUAUGCAGUCUGAUGUAUGGUCCUUUGGUAUUGUUCUGUAUGAGAUCUUUACAUUUGGAAAAGUACCAUAUCCUGGAAUGCCAAAUAAAAAUGUAUUAAAAGAGUUGGUCAAAGGCUAUAGGAUGCCAUGUCCAAAUGGCUGUCCUCAACCAAUCUACAACAUCAUGAAAGAAUGUUGGAAUGAAGUUCCAUCUCAAAGGCCAUCAUUUAGUACACUGAAAUUACAGUUGGAAGACUUCAUUACUACCAAUUACGGUUCACUGUAUUAAUCAUCUUUGAAAUGAGAGAAGAAUCUGAUUUGAAAUUGCAACCAGGUAGGAUUUUGAAGGAGCAAUAAAAGUAAAGUUAAUGCUAUUCACUUUUAUUUCCUUGAAAAUUGGACAGCAACCUCAGCUGACUUUAUAUGUGGAGAAAUCAAGAAACUCCUGCCAGAGACAUUCUACUCUUCGAAAGGAUGUAUGUUGUCUCAUCAUAAGCAUCACUGUUCAAAUAUGUGAAAUUGCAUUACUUAGCUGAUUUUUUUGCAAAUGAAACUCACUUGUCCAUCUAAUCUAAAGAAUUUCUUAAUGAUGAGACAAACCUUAAUUACUGAAGAACAACCAAAUUUGGAAUGAAAGUGAUCUUUUGCAAAUAUGGGCCAUCAUUCCAUCAGGUUUCAUCAAUUUUUAAAGAACUAAAUCAUUUUAUUGUACACUUUCUUUUUCUGUCUUUUAUCUAUUUUUCUCUCAAAAAUAUCUUUAAUUCCCUUUUAAUUUCUAAUUUGUAAUAGAACUCAGUAGUCUGACCUUUCUUAGUUCAGACUAUGUACUGGUCAUUAAUGAUUCUCUACCUUGAUUAGUUAGGGCAAAUGUAAUGUCUUCUCCUGCUCAUACAGGCACAUACGCUCUGUUGUGUUUUUAAAACUGCUUUCGUUCUUGGCUGACAUGAUUCUUCAGUAUAAAAAUCCAUAAAAUAUCCAUUGGAAAGUGUAAGUGUAAUGAACAGCAUGCUGCUGACCUAAAGCCCACUGCAUUUUAUUGUUUGGUUUGAAAUCCAUCCAGAUUCUUUAUCACACGUUCUUUGUUUAAAUAUUGUACAAAACCACUGUGCUGUCAUUUUAACGUGGCAACUAAUAUACCACCAGUGUGUCAA